AUGUCCAGUCUGUUGGGCCCAUACGAGAUUGAAGGCAACUGCCAGAUCGUGCCUCACGGGGACGAGAUGCCAUGCAACCAGCGAGGGCAUCGCGGACGCGACGGGGACCUCCCCCAACUCUGCUGGAAGCACCGCGAGGAGUACGGCCGGCGCACGGCGGAAUACAAGGAGACAUCCGCCGAGGCAAAGCAUCUGCACGCGCAGCUCUGCUUGAACGUCGAGGCCCUGCGUGAGCUGGCCGAUGCGGAACAGGCGGUGGAGGCUGCAAGCCGCUGCAUUGAUGCCCUGUAUGCGGAGAUCCGCCAGCGAGAGGCGCAUCACCAGCGAUUCUUUCGUGAGACGGACAAGGGACACCGGAUGUUCAUCGAACAACUGCGUGCAAAGAUGUGCGACGUAGAGGACGCCGUGACACGAAUCCGCCAGAAGAAGACUGAUCUCGUCGACGAGCAGAAACGGCGCGUGGAGGAGAUGGCGCUGGGGGAGAAGAGUCAACUUACGGAGAAUGGUCUUGUGGAAGGGGAGCACCCAUCCGAGCCCGAAAGCCUCUGCCAAGUUAUGCUGCCCGAGGGCGAGCCAUCAUGUCUCCAGCGGGGGAGCCGCGGGCCUGACGGCGGGCCCUUUCGACUCUGUGCGUUCCAUCACGAAGAGUACGGCCGGCUCUUGGCGGAAUACAUGGCGACCUCCGAGAAGGCAACGCGCCUGUAUGCUCUCGUCCGCCUGGACCGCUAUGAUCUACGCGACUUGUCCGACGUGGAGAAGGCGAUGGAGACGGCGGGCCGCUGCAUCGACACCCUCCAGGCGGAGAUCAGCCAGCGGGAGGAGCACCACAGGCGGUUCUUCGUGGAGCUGGACGAGAGCCACCAAACUUGCAUCCAAGGUCUGUAUGGAAAGCUUCACCGCGCAAAAGACGUAGCACGGGAGCUCUUCCAGAAAAAGACCGCUCUCCUUGACGAGUGGAAGCUGCGAGUGGAGGAAAAGGAACGGUUGGAAGCUAUCCGAUUGGCAGCGGCACGCCUUGCGGAACACAACCGUGUGGAGGAGACUCGGAAGCAACUUGCGGAGCAGAGGCGAUUUGCAGAGGAGAAGGCUCUAGCAGAAGAGAGUCAUUUGGUGGCGGAGGGCCUUGCGGAGAAGAAUCGUCUUGCAGAGGAAAUACACACAACAGGCAGGCAAGAAGAUCUCUGUCAGAUCGUGCCUCACGAAGACGAGCCGCCGUGCUCCGAGCGAGGGCACCGCGGGCCCGAUGGGCGCCUCCCACAUCUUUGUUCCGCGCACCGCGAGGAGUACGUCCGACGCACAACAGAAUACGAGGCGACCUUCGAGGAGGCAAAGCGUCUAUAUGCGCUCGUCCCCUACAGUGACGCGAUCGUGUGUGGUCUGGCCGACUUGGACAAGGCGAUGGAGACGGCGCGGCGUUGCAUUGGCACUCUCCAGAUGGAGAUGCACCAGCGGGAGGAUUGCCUCAGGCGGUUCUUUUUGGAGCCGGACGAGGGUCACGAAAUACGGCUCCAGCAUCUCCGCAAUCUUAUAAACUGCACAGAGAAAGUCGCAAAGCAGCUCAGCCAGCAGAAGACCGCUCUGGCCGACGCGCAGAGGCGCCCGGAUAAGCACCAACACACGGAGCAGACGCGGAUCGCAGAGCAAAGGCGUGUUGAGGCAGACGAGCGGCGCCUUGCUGAAGAGAGACAACGUGCAACGGAGCAUCUUGCGGAACAGCGACUCGUGGCGGAGUGUCUUUCGCAGCAAGGGCGCACAGCGGAGGCCUACGUUGGGCCAGCGCCAGAGCAGCGACUUGACUCGGUGGAGAGACCCAUUGCGAACGGAAGCUGGGUUGCCGAGGAGAAACAUAUUACGGGGGAGGGGAGCCGAGCUGCGGAAGAACGGCAACUUGCAGCGGAGCGAUUUGCCGACAAAAAGCGUAUUGCGGAGGAGAGGCGGCUUGCGCAGGUGAAGCGUCGUACGGAGGGGAGCCGAACUGGAGAACGUCCGGUGCAAGAAACCCAUUUCAUGGCGGAACGCCGCGAGAGAGAAACAGCAAGCAGUUCUCAGCUUGGUCGUGCCUUGUCGACGAACCUGAGGUCGCACUCACUCCCCACCGGACGCUAUUACCACUCUAACCUCUAUACCAGCUCCACGACCACUCGCACUCGCUCGCUGCCUGCGCACCGCACAUGUGUUGCGUAUCACACCCACCCAUCCAAGUAUGGCCGCAUACGCUGUUCCACAGAGGCCUUGCACGGUGUACGUUCCCGAUGCCAACCGCACCAGAAUGAGUACGACCAGGCAAUAUCCGAACUACGCGCGGUGCAGGUCCAGCAUCGAAACGCGGACGUGACUGUUCGCGUGAUUCAGUCGCGUUGGCGGAAGCUUCGUAGAAAGCGGGCCUACACCAUCCCUCAACUUGCCCAGGAUAGCCUCGAGGUCACUCGGUUCCUCCAACUUGGGGGCGACAUCAAGGGGCUCGCAACGACAGUGAGGAGAUUGGAGGGAUAUCCCCAAACGAAGAAACCGGACGACGCCGUGGGCAUAAGGGACAAUUACGACCCGCUAGACCCGCGCACCGCUGAGGAUCUCCUAGCUGAGCUGGAGGAUACUCGGUUGAAAUUGCUGAGGCGCAAGCCAGGGGACGCGGCGAACAAUGCCUCGGCGCCUGCACAGAACGGACAAGCGGGGGAGGAUCGCGGGGUGACGGCAACCCAGUCGACAGCCCCACCAGUUCCUUCAAGAGACACCAGCGGUCACCCAGUGGGAGCCGCAAGCGCGACCACGUUGCGGCACCGAGUCGCCGCAUCCGUUCGUCGAGCCUGGCGCCGAUUCCGAACCCGUACCUGAGGCUUCCCGUCGACCAGGAGGAUCGAUGAUCUCGCCUCCUGCGACACCUUCCGGACACAGAUCUAUAAAGCGGACCCAGUUCGGCACUCAGAGGUGCCGAUUGUGUACGGGCACGGUGUACGGAACGCCGUGGAUAUCGAUGCGUGCCUAGUUGGAAUGCAAAAGGGCCCCCUCCUCUCGGGAGUAGUAUGUAGUAAUAUCUCCAGUUUUAAGGCUGUCUACGUCACGAUUGGCUACGAUCUAAGCCCUACGUUCGGCUACGGAAUGAACCGUAUCGCAGGUCAUACA